UUGCUUUGUUUGGUCGCUAAACGGAUAAUAAUUUUUACGUUUACAGCCAAAAUUGUUUUUUCUUUUCUUAUUCAUGUGCUGUUAUAUAAAUGUAAUACAGAAGUGAUAAAAAAUCAAUUAAUAAUAAAUGGAUGAAUUCCUAUACAAGGAUUAGAUUAAACUAUCGUUCCGUCUAAAUAUGAUAAUUUCCAGUCAUAAACAUAAAACAAAACUUUUCAUUGUUUAACACUAUCUAAAUCUUAACUUUACAUAAACACAAAUAAAAUGAAACCAACGACCGGUGAAACCAUUAGAGCGUGGUUAUUGUCUGCUUUAAUGGUACAUGGAGCUGUUGCCGGAAAUCCUGAUGCCAAACGUUUAUAUGAUGAUCUCCUCAGUAACUACAACAAACUAGUCAGACCGGUGGUUAAUACAACAGAUGUUCUUAAAGUCUGCAUAAAAUUGAAAUUAUCUCAAUUAAUUGAUGUGAAUCUUAAGAAUCAGAUAAUGACAACGAAUUUGUGGGUAGAACAGUCUUGGUAUGAUUACAAACUACGAUGGGAACCAAAGGAAUACGGAGGAGUGCAUAUGCUUCAUGUGCCUUCUGAUCACAUUUGGCGGCCGGAUAUUGUUCUUUAUAAUAAUGCCGACGGUAACUUUGAGGUGACACUUGCGACAAAAGCAACAAUUUAUUCUGAAGGAUUAGUUGAAUGGAAACCGCCGGCAAUUUACAAAUCAUCCUGCGAAAUAGAUGUAGAGUACUUCCCCUUUGACGAACAGACUUGCGUCUUAAAAUUUGGAAGUUGGACAUAUGAUGGGUUCAAGGUUGAUCUACGACAUAUGGAUGAACAACAAGGAAGUAAUAUCGUCGAUGUGGGAGUUGAUCUCUCAGAGUUCUAUAUGUCGGUCGAAUGGGAUAUACUUGAAGUACCGGCAGUAAGAAAUGAAAAAUUUUACACAUGCUGCGACGAACCGUACCUUGAUAUAACAUUUAAUAUAACCAUGCGUCGUAAAACUCUUUUUUAUACAGUAAACAUUAUUAUUCCUUGUAUGGGUAUUUCAUUCCUUACAGUCCUUACAUUUUAUUUGCCAUCCGACAGUGGAGAGAAGGUUACACUAUCCAUUUCUAUUCUUAUUAGUCUCCACGUGUUCUUCUUACUAGUAGUAGAAAUUAUACCGCCCACAUCAUUGGUAGUGCCUCUUCUGGGCAAAUAUUUAAUAUUUGCUAUGAUAUUGGUAUCUAUAAGCAUAUGUGUUACUGUUGUUGUUUUAAACGUACACUUUCGGUCACCACAGACACAUCGCAUGGCCCCUUGGGUGAAAAAUGUGUUCAUAGAUUAUCUGCCUAAAUUUUUAUUCAUAAAACGACCAAAAUAUAGUUUUGAAACUAGUCUAUCCGGGAGUGGCCCAUUUGGAGGCAGCUGCCAAAUACAUGGUCCUAUUCCACCUUUAACACAAUCAGAAUCUGAUGAUAUGACUGCAGUUCCUGACUUAGAAGUAGGACCAUCUGGUAUUAAGAGUCCUAUAUUAACUAAUCCAGCAUUUUCACACUCAAAAUGUCCACCAAGAGUUCAUCGCAGUUGUUUUUGUGUACAAUUUAUUGCAGAGCAUACAAAAAUGCAGGAAGAUUCAACAAAGGUCAAAGAAGAUUGGAAAUAUGUGGCUAUGGUUUUGGAUCGGCUAUUUUUAUGGAUUUUUACAUUGGCUGUAUUAGCAGGAACAGCUGGUAUAAUUCUUCAAGCACCAACACUAUAUGAUGAUCGUAUUCCAAUAAUAGAACAAAAAGACAUAGAUUUUUCUGGAACUUCAGCGGGUCGAUGUCGGCCCCCACAAUAGCAGUCGCCCAAACAGUCUUUAUACGUUUACUAAGUCAAAACAUCACUUAAAACGAAUUAACAAACAAUGAAUAAUUUUCAGUAAAACUCGAUUAUAACGAAUUCAUAUUAACAUAUUUUGACGUUUUAGUAUAGCUGCCAGAAAUAUUGUUAUUACAAAUCCUUGGGUAAAACGAACAAUGUUCUUAUAAUUUUCUACAAAUUUACUAUUUUUAUAAUUAAAACCCCAAAUGUAUUAUUAAAAAACUGAAGAAUUCAUGAAAAUGAAAAUCAAAAGUGGAUAUUUGUAAUAAAUCUGAUGUUUAUACUAUACUAAGGAAAUUUAUUUUCUGGCAAAAUACUAGUGUAUAUAGAACUAUUUUCACUAGUAUCGCGUAAUUCAUUACAACCUAGUUUUAAUAUAUUAAUAAUAAAAUGAAAAUCGUUCUAAAUAAAUACAUAUGUAUGUAAAGUUACACUCAAUAUGACGUUAUGAAAUAAAAAAAAGUCCCAUGUGAAAUAACACCUACCAUGAGAGUACAAAAGCAGAAAUUGAAUAAAUUUGUAAAUUGCUUCGAUUACAUUUCUAAAAUUCAACAUGGACUUAUAUUUUACAACAAACUAGUGAAUGACAUUUAAAUUUGUAUUGUAUUGGAAAGAACAAGUUUUGUAAACUAUAAAUGAAAAUUGAUACCGGAUAGAUGUCCACCAUGACCUGGCAUGUGUGACAUGUGGCAUUGUCGUCUCAAAGUUAUGGUCUAUAAUUGUUAUGUCCCUGUUGAAGAAUAAGUUCCUGUUGAAAAUCAUUUACUUUAAAGAGAGAGGGAUAUUUUUCCGUAAAUCUCUUUCUACUCGUAAUAAUUAAAAUAUGGCGUCUUAUUAGGUGAAUAUCUUUAGUAUUCAUCGAUUUUUUAUUCUAAAUUUAAAUAUUUUGUUUCUAAUUACUAUAUUAAUUUUUAAUAAAAAACAUUUAGGGCCUUCUUCAAGUAAGAUAAACUUCACAUACUACAUACCAUAGCAGAAAUAUAGAAGGUAGUGUCAGUCUCUCAUUAUUUUUUUAAAUUCUCUAUCUGACAUGCUUAAGGAUUUUGAAGUUUUCGUUAAAUUAGUGAUACCAUAUACAGUUUAAUUUUUCCCUUUUUAUAAUGAAAUUUCUAUAUAUGCUUUGAAGUUUAUGUAAAAAAUUUAUAAAAAUAAUUUCAAUUCAGUUAUAAAAUAUUAUAAAAAUAGCUCUUUUGAAAAAAAUCACAUUUAUAUUAAAAUCUUUGAAAACUAAUUUGUAAAAUUAAUUAGAGAAUAAAUAUGAGCUGCAUUUUCCCGAACUGCGAAAAUACGAAAUACUUCUGCAAAAAUUCCAAUGUAAGAUUUUUUAAAGUCCCUAUAUUACCGGGUAAACGCCAACAGUGGCUUGAAAGAUGCAAAAAUAGAAAUGCUAUCCCAAUAACUACCAGGUAUGUAAAUGCGUUGGUUUAGUAUACACUAGAAUGUGAGGAGUUUUGUAAUAUCUAUCUUAAAAAUACAACUUAUUAAGCAAAAUCUGACAUAUUUAUUAUUUAUAAGUUUGUAGAGGAAAUCAGUAAUUUAAUUAACAUCCUUUAAUAUAACACACAUUUUAUUUAGAUAAAUUAACUACACAUUUUUUGUAAAAUAUUUCUUGAAAUCCAUUAUUAUUUUUAACAUGUGGCAACUCUGUAUAUAAAGUUUAAAAUAAGGAAAACGUCAAAAAACCUUAUUUAAAUUUAAUUUUUUUGAUUGAGACUACCUUCUAUAUUUCUGCUAUGCUACAUACAUAUUGAUAAUAAAAAUUUUUAUUUAAUUUAUUUGUGUCACACUGGUAUUUGUUCAUAAGUUUGGAGUAUUAAAUUUCCGGAUUUUUUUUUUUAAGUUUCAUUACAAUUACCUAACAUUGAAACACAUCCACAUUGACAGUUCAAUAGUUUUUCGUACGUAUAUAUACAAAAUAAAGACAGGGCACAGCAAGUGCUUUGUUAAAAUUUACUAUCUACAUACAUAUAUUUCUUACUUUUUGAAAAUUCAAUGUUUUAAUUUUUUAUCAUUCCUAUUACACAUUUCGAUCGAAAUGGUUUCAAUUCCGAUUUAUUAUUCCGAUCGAAAAGAAAACAAUAUUCGAUUGAUUUAAAUUUUAAUUUUUUCUGUAUAGCUUAUUAAAAGAAGAGUCAAGUUUUUAUUGAAGUAUGUUAUUAAAACUUUAAGAUCGGGUUUUUGAGAUGGUAAUCAAAUGUCAAUUAAUAAUCAGAUUAGUUAAUUUAAAAAUAAAUUUAAUCUUAUGUUAAUCCCCUUUGA